AUGAAUCCCACGGCCGCACUGAGGGUACAGCGGGCUUGCAUUGCCCGUCGCAGCAUUUAUGUUCCCCGGCGGACAACGCAAUGGCGCAGCUAUUCUUCUGCUGUUUCUGAUGAUACACUUCCUCUGAAAGGUAUACGAGUCUUGGAUAUGACACGAGUUUUGGCUGGUCCAUACUGUACCCAGAUUUUGGGAGAUUUAGGAGCGGAUGUUAUUAAGAUCGAACACCCCGUGCGCGGUGAUGAUACUCGAGCUUGGGGUCCCCCGUACGCCACGUACACGGAUGGGUCUGAAGGCCCAGGAGAGAGUGCCUACUAUCUUGGAGUAAAUCGCAACAAGAAAUCAAUCGGUUUGUCUUUCGCUCAUAAGUCCGGUGUUGAGAUUCUACACCGGCUGGCGAAAGAAUGUGACGUCCUCGUCGAGAACUACCUUCCUGGUAACCUUAAGAAAUAUAACAUGGAUUAUGAGACUCUGCGCUCUAUCAAUCCCAAACUUAUCUACGCCAGCAUCACCGGAUAUGGUCAGACCGGGCCAUACAGCAAUCGUGCGGGGUACGAUGUCAUGGUUGAAGCGGAGAUGGGCUUGAUGCAUAUCACGGGUAGUAGAGAGGGCGAGCCGGUGAAAGUUGGCGUUGCUGUGACCGACUUGACGACUGGCCUGUACACCUCGAAUGCCAUUAUGGCCGCCUUGCUUGCGCGGGCGAGGACUGGUAAGGGACAGCAUAUCGAUGCGUGUCUGAGCGACUGUCAAGUUGCGACAUUGGCGAAUAUUGCCAGUUCCGCUCUUAUCAGUGGCAAGAAGGAUUCGGGAAGAUGGGGAACCGCACACCCAUCCAUUGUGCCUUACCGCAGCUACAAGACGCUCGAUGGCGAUAUUCUUUUCGGAGGCGGGAACGAUAGGCUGUUUGGUGUGUUGUGCGACCGACUUGGACACCCGGAAUGGAAGACCGAUCCCCGAUUCGUUACCAACAGUGAUCGAGUAAAGCAUCGUACGGAUAUUGAUGGCCUGAUUGAGGAAACUGUGAAGCAAAAGACCACGCAAGAGUGGCUUGAGAUUUUGGAGGGCAGCGGCAUGCCCUAUGCCGCAGUCAAUGAUAUUCAGGGAACGUUGAACCACUCUCACGUCCAAGCACGAGGCAUGGUUGCAGAAAUUGACCAUCCAGCCUGCGGUCCCAUCAAGUUGGUGAAUACACCCAUCAAGUAUUCCCACGCAACCCCUGGCAUCCGGACACCGCCCCCAACCCUCGGGCAACAUACGGACGAGAUAUUGGGGGAGUUACUCGAGUAUGGCAAGGACGAUAUUGCUCGGUUGAAGAAAGAUGGCGUAGUAGCAUAG